AUGUCACCAUCUAAGAUUCCACUUUUCAAAAUGAAGGGCCUGAUCCUGUUCCUGUCCCUAGUGAAAAUGAGUCUCGCCGUACCGGCAUUUCCUCAACAACCUGGGGCUCAAGGCAUGGCACCUCCUGGCAUGGCUAGUUUGAGCCUUGAGACAAUGAGACAGCUGGGAAGCUUGCAAGGACUCAACGCACUUUCUCAGUAUUCUAGACUUGGCUUUGGAAAAGCACUUAAUAGUUUAUGGUUGCACGGACUCCUCCCACCGCAUAAUUCUUUCCCAUGGAUAGGACCAAGGGAACAUGAAACCCAGCAGUAUGAAUAUUCUUUGCCUGUGCAUCCCCCACCUCUCCCAUCACAGCCAUCCUUGCAGCCUCACCAGCCAGGACUGAAACCCUUCCUCCAGCCCACUGCUGCAACCGGUGUCCAGGCCACACCCCAGAAGCCAGGGCCUCAGCCUCCCAUGCACCCUGGACAGCUGCCCUUGCAGGAAGGAGAGCUGAUAGCACCAGAUGAGCCGCAGGUGGCGCCAUCAGAGAACCCACCAACACCUGAGGUACCAAUAAUGGAUUUUGCUGAUCCACAAUUUCCAACAGUGUUCCAGAUUGCCCGCUCAAUGUCUCGGGGACCAAUGGCACACAACAAAGCAUCCGCUUUUUACCCAGGAAUGUUUUACAUGUCUUAUGGAGCAAACCAAUUGAAUGCUCCUGCCAGAAUUGGCUUCAUGAGUUCAGAAGAAAUGCCUGGAGCAAGAGGAAGUCCCAUGGCCUAUGGAACUCUGUUCCCAGGAUAUGGAGGCUUCAGGCAGACCCUUAGGGGACUGAAUCAGAAUUCACCCAAGGGAGGAGACUUUACUGUGGAAGUAGAUUCUCCAGUGUCUGUAACCAAAGGCCCUGAGAAAGGAGAGGGUCCAGAAGGCUCUCCACUGCAAGAGGCCAACCCAGGCAAGCGGGAAAACCCUGCUCUCCUUUCACAGAUGGCACCUGGAGCCCAUGCAGGACUUCUUGCUUUCCCCAAUGACCACAUCCCCAGCAUGGCAAGGGGUCCUUCAGGACAGAGACUCCUUGGAGUCACCCCCGCAGCUGCAGACCCACUGAUCACCCCUGAAUUAGCAGAAGCUUAUGAAACCUAUGGUGCUGAUGCUACCACACCCCUGGGUGAUGGAGAAGCAACUAUGGAUAUCACCAUGUCCCCAGACACUCAGCAGCCACUAAUGCCUGGAAACAAAGUGCGCCAGCCCCAGGUGCACAACGCGUGGCGUUUCCAAGAGCCCUGA